UUCUCAAACGCCAGGAAGUGAAAGGGCGAAAGGAUUCUGCCGUUUCUUGUCCACAACACGGCAAAAAAACCUCGCUAAAAUGACCAGCGAGAAGGCUGAUGUGAUCUAUCCGAGUCCCAAGAAGACAAAAUUUGAACAACUUCGAGCAGAUCACGAGUUAUUUCUUCAAGCUUUCGAAAAACCCACACAAAUUUAUCGCUUUCUUCGAACGAGAAAUGCAGUCGCGCCCGUAUUUCUUCAUCGUACUUUGUCUUAUAUGAAGCAUCGUCGAACCAGACCGGCAUCCACGAAAAAGCGGAAAAGUUUCAAGAUUGAUGACAUGCUUGAGAAAGUUGAAAAUGAAAACAACAGAUCAGAUACAGGAGAUCCUCUUGAAAAUAGUGGCUACAUGAAUCUCACAUUUACGGGAUUUUUCCACGGAUCAGGCCCAGUGAAUGGUGAUUUGUCAAAUAAUAAAAAGAGCUCGUUACUCGUGGAAGAUUUUAUUAAAGUGGAUGUACUUCUCGUCAAAAUCUGUCACAAGCGAAGAAAGGAAAGUGAUCCACAAGUAGUCACAGUUCCUCUCGGCCAAGGCUCUGCGCCAUUUAACCCUCGCUCUCAGUUGUUACCAGCUUCCCCGUCAUCAAGUGUAUCCGUCCCUAACGGUACUUUUAAGAGUGGUAAGACAAGUCGAACAUGCAUUCUCAGUUUGCAAGUCAGUGUCCCGUACCGCGUCAAUAACAAAGGCACCAAGAAGAGAGGAAAAAAGAAGAAGAAUGCCGGGGAAUCCCUCUCUGAUACGGCAGAGGACGAAAACGGCCUCGAUGACACUCUCACCCCAGACGAACCCCCCACAAAACGACGUCGUAUGGGGCGGAGCUUUCCCGAGGGGGAGUGGGAUGAUGGUGAUGCAUCUGAUAAUUCAAGUUCUUGUGAGACUGCGCACACUGUGUACACCGCUGAACUUAUCGUGUUUGACAAUAAUAAACACUGUUUACUAACGGAUGGCGAUUAUGAGCUGGCGCUGCACGAGAAGCACAAAAGACCAGGAAGGAAGAAGGGGAUACUGUCCAAUAGGACCUCCUGGGAGAACGUGUUUGAGGGACAGAUGGGUCCUUUUGAGGUGUUCGCCUACGGUCCCACUUUAAAGUUCAAACUCUCUUGGUCGGGUGCUCCAUUGGCGCGGCCACCAAAGCGUCCUACGUCACUUCCGUUGCGAGCGCCACUGACCAGUCAGAACUCGGCUUCGACGAACGAUGUGCGUACGCCAAGCGAAGAGGCCAAUGGAAACACUGAGAGCAGAAAGAAACAGCGAGUGUUUUACCAGUUCAUUUACAACAACAACACACGCCAACAAACAGAGGCAAGAGAUGACUUUUUCUGUCCGUGGUGUUCUAUUGACUGUCGAGGACUGUACAGUUUGUUGAAACAUCUGAAACUCUGUCACAGACGCUUCAUCUUUACCUAUGCUCCACACAGUAAAGGAGAGAGAAUCGAUGUCAGUGUCAACGAAAACUACGAUGGAUCCUACGACGGUAAACCCGAAGACAUGAAUGAUAUUCUUGGUUAUGCACUCAGUCGAGAGGGACCUUCCAGGAGAGUGCCUUCUACCCAUGUCGUGGUCUGGAGACCCCAACGUCGAAGAGAAAGUCUGUCGGAAUUCUUGGAGCCUGAUGACGGAGAGUUGGACGGCAAUAGACCAUUUUACAAUGGACAUCACAGGAUGUACUUCCAUUCGGAGACAACGCUUCCAAUCGUAACCACUGAGAAGGACCAAGACAGUGAAGAUGAGACUAUUCCUGAAUGGAUGAGAGUCAAAACCAUUCAGUUAAUCGAUGAGUUUACUGAUGUGAAUGACGGAGAAAAAGAAUUGAUGAAACUUUGGAAUCUUCAUUUGAUGAAAAACAGCUACAUUGCCGACUUCCAAGUAAUCGACGCUUGCCGUUCAUUUAUCGAUAAGAACAGCCAACAGCUAAGAGAGAGAAACUUGGAAAGGAAUUUUCUGCUUCACUUGGUGAAUCUGCACGACUUUAAUUUGAUCACGUCCAGUCAGAUUGAGGAAAUUAGUGGAAAACUAAGGGACUACUGGAAAGAACCGGCCACAAGCACAUGUUAAGAACAGUUUGCUUGUCUCUUUAAGACCUCCCUUUAGACUUGGCAAUGGAGCCAUAUUUGCCACAAGGGGACCCUCGCCCUGCAGUAACUUAAGAUUUUAUACAUGUUGAAAUUUUUUUCUGCGUAAUGAGCCACCGAAAAUUAAGAUAACCCCCAAAAUGUAGGUCAAAUUUGCCCUUACGAUAAGCUUCGCAACGUCGAGGAACUUCCGUUAUUCCAGACGAAGACGUUUCAAGUUGAUCCUUGCUCAGGGACUAGUCAUUAUUUAUCGCCGGGGGG